UGAUGAAGAACCUCGCUCAAUUCAAGUUCUUUUAUAUUUUCCUAGCUCUAAUUGCAUUUCUAGACUUUGUAUAUUCAAGAGUUUCAUAUAGCUCAGAACGAUGCACUCUUCCUACCUCCAAUCGAGGCUUAUGUGGUGGUCGCCUGGAAAGAUGGACUUACAGUCCAUAUCAUAAUUUUUGUUUUUUUUUUAUUUAUGGCGGCUGUGGGGCCAGAGAAAACAUAUUCAAUACUAGAGCAGAAUGCUACUCAGCCUGUGUACGUUCAUUUUUCCCACCUAAUAGACACUAAUAUUACAAUAAAUAUGAAUUUAGAGUAGAGUACCAAAUCUUGAAGUAUGAAUUACCUCACAGGACUUUGAAUCUCUGUGUCUGAGCCUGGGUGAGAUCCCUGCCACCCCCAAUCAUUGUAAACAUUGUCACCACAGAACAUAGUAGUACAAAUAUUUGGAAAUGAAAUUCCAGUAUAAUAUAUGCAUUAUUUUGCUUUUCUUGGUGGCCGGACUCUGGGCUAGCGGGUCGCAGAAUUGUUAUGACGAGCCUAGCCAAACGGGACCCUGUAAGGCUGCCUUUCCUUCGUGGCGCUUCAUCAAGGAAAAGAAACUGUGCGAGUCCUUCCUGUAUGGCGGUUGCGAGGCCACGAAAAAUAUAUUCGACGAUGAAGAGGAGUGCAGAGAGCAAUGCCUGGGCUAAGGUUCAAAAUUUAGAAACAAACAUAUUCAUUGCCCACCGAUGAUGGCGGUGGAAAAUAAAAGUUUUUCUGCUGGCGGAAAGUUUGAAAGCCCCCGUCGCUCUGGCCGCUACGAAAAUAUGAUUUGUCUGCAAAGUUGAAAUAGAUUUUCAAACAAUUUUCGUCGCUCUGCUCCAUGCAAAUGAA